AUUCAGCAAAGGCAGUUCAACAAGGCUUCCAACUCCACUUACUGCAUAUUCAUGGUCAACAAGCCAUACGCCAUUACCUGCUCCGUGGUGGCCUUCUACAUUCCCUUCCUCCUGAUGGUGCUGGCCUACUACCGCAUCUACGUCACGGCCAGGGAGCACGCCCGACAGAUCCAGGUGCUGCAGCGCGCGGGGGCCCCCACCGACGGCCGGCAGCACCACCCGGACCAGCACAGCACGCACCGCAUGAAGACUGAGACCAAAGCUGCCAAGACCCUGUGCAUCAUCAUGGGGUGCUUCUGCCUGUGCUGGGCCCCCUUCUUUAUCACAAACAUAGUGGACCCUUUCAUAAACUACACAGUACCGGGGAAGCUGUGGACGGCUUUCCUGUGGCUGGGCUACAUCAAUUCAGGGUUGAACCCUUUUCUCUACGCCUUCCUGAACAAGUCUUUCAGACGUGCCUUCCUCAUCAUCCUGUGCUGUGGUGAUGAGCGAUACCGAAGGCCUUCCAUCUUGGGGCAGACGGUCCCCUGUUCCACCACCACAAUAAAUGGAUCGACUCAUGUACUAAGGUGA